UGCACAAUUCAAAUAUUUGCAUGGUAAAGGGCUCUUAAUAUCAAAAAUACUUUCUUCUUACUCAAAAGUCUUUCAAGGAGGAAAAAAAAAGUAUACUUAUCCUCCCUCCAAAUAAAUGACCUUCCAGUUUGGAGUGUGCCAAAAGUCCAUUUAUACUUGGUCUCUAAGCAUGCCUCAAUCAAGGCAGCUUCUCUUCAGUGGAGCACUAUACCCAACGUUGAUGUGUCUGCCAGCAUGCGGCCCCUAAAACUGUGAGAUCAUCGCUUACCACCAGACGCAGUAGUCACAAGACAAGCUUUUUUUUCAUCAACGAUGGGUGUAUGUGAUGUAAGAGUGCUUUUUCUAGAAUCUUACAACUCUCAUAACAAUUUUAUGCCCUGAGAUCAUACAUAUCUUUCAUGCUUCUCUUCUUCAUUGUUAUCAUUUCCACCGACAUCUGAUGAUACAUGUUUAUUCUUUCUCUCAAUCGCUGUCUUCACCUGUGCCUCAGCCACUCCCCCAUUCAUUUGCUGGUUUCUGCAUAACCAGUUUAGCCUCCCUCCCAGUUCAGUCUAUAUAACAUGCUGUAGUGGCACUUUAGACUCACUUUUCCUGUAUUACACACGAGCGUACGUUUCCUUCUGUGAGAUCUUUGGGGAUUUAACCAUGUCGCUUGACCAGGACCUCUGUUACCUCUGCAAGGAAGAUCUAAGGGAGCCUGUUUCAAUCCCAUGCGGUCACAUUUUCUGCUCUGUCUGUAUCAAGACCUAUUGGGAUCAUGCAGACCACACUGGACAGUACAUGUGUCCCCAGUGCAGGGUCACCUACAACAAGAGGCCCAAUCCACGCCGCCUGGAGUCCUCACGUCAUUCAUCUUCAUCCCUCAGAAACUCAGACUCUUUCCCACCGGCCCCUCCGGCCCCUGACUACAAAUAUGCGGGACCCCAGGAUGUGGGCUGUGACAUCUGCAUUGGGAAGAAGCUGAAAGCUGUCAAGUCUUGUCUGAUGUGUCUUGCUUCCUACUGCGAGAAGCACUUGAAGCCCCAUUACGAAUCAUCAACCUUCAAACGACAUAAGUUGGUCGAUGAGAUCGGACACCUUGACCGUCAGAUUUGCCCGCAGCACCAGAAAGGUCUGGAGCUUUAUUGCCGGACAGACCAAAUGUGUAUCUGCGUGUUGUGUACAGUGAAAGAGCAUAAGGCCCACGACAUGGUGUCUGCUGAACAGGAAAGGGCGGAAAUGCAGCAACGGUUGGGCGCCACCCAAGCUGAGAUUCAGGAAAAGAUCCAUGACAGAGUGAAGCAAAUGGAAGAGUUAAAACAGGCUGUGGAUGCACUCAAGAGUUCAGCACAGCGGGCCUUGCAGGAGAGUGAAAAGAUGUUUGGUGACAUGCUUCAUUCCAUUGAAAGAAUGCAACAGGAAAUGACCAAACUCAUCUCAACCAAUAAGAAGGCUGCACUUAACACUGCUGAAGGCCACAUGGAGCGUCUGGGCCAUGAAAUUGCUGACCUGAAGAGGAGAGACAAUGAGCUGACACAACUCUCUCGCACUGAGGACCAUAUCCAUUUCAUCCAGAGUUACCAUAUGCUGAUUGCCCAGACUGAUGCCGAGGAGCUGCCCUCUGUUACCGUGAACCCUUACUUUUCCUUUGGCACUGUUACCAAAACUGUCUCUGAGAUGAAACAACAUCUAAAUGAGUUCAGCAAUGAAGAGCUGGUCAAGGUGGCAAAGACAGUGAACAAAAUGCCAUUCUGCCAGCUAGACGACCGUAAGAAGAGAAGGUCUAUCAAGUCUGAUGAUGUUGACAUGUACAAGAGUCCCAGCAGCACUCCCCGGACAAGAGAUGAGUUCCUCCAGUAUGCCUGCAAGCUUACACUGGACCCCAACACAGCAUACAGACAGCUAUACCUCUCCCGAAACAACCAGAAAGCAGCACUAAAGAGAGACCCUCAGGCUUAUAAUGACAGUAACCAGAGAUUUGACUGCCUGCCCCAGGUCUUGUGUAAAGAGGCUCUUUCAGGAGGUGCCUACUACUGGGAGGUGGAGUGGAGCGGGGAGGGAGUCUCAAUUGGUGUCACUUUUAAAGGUAUCAAGAGAACGGGUUACGGAGACUCAGCUCGUAUUGGCUACAACCGCAAGUCCUGGAGUCUCUUCUGCUCUGACUCCAGCUACUCAGCUCGACACAAUAAAGACCAGGUUGAGAUUAACACACCCUACUCUUCCCGUAUCGGGGUGUUCCUGGACUGUGCAGGAGGCACUCUUUCAUUUUACACUGUGUCUGAGUCCAUGUCACUUAUUCAUCAGUUUAAAGCCUCUUUCAGUGAGCCUGUAUAUCCUGGCUUCUGGGUCUGGUAUGAGUCUUCUAUCACUAUUUCUCAGUUGUAAAUGAUUAAACCGGACAGGGGAUAUGAGGGCAUUACUACCAU